AUGGUCGAAGUCAAGCAAUAUCAUCUCCUGCCAACGGAUCUCAUUCCCAACUCACCAAGACCUCUUCUGCACUACAAAAAUGUCUUAGCCAAGCGCCCUAAUAGCUCCAAGUGCGACCCCGCCGAGGUCUGGGAUAUGUUUACUAAGAACGGAUGGGACGUCCAAUGGAUAUUUCGAUACCCAAACACGCAGUUGUCGCACUUUCACUCUGAAGCUCACGAGUGCAUGGCUGUUCUUUCAGGUACUGCAACAAUUCGCUUCGGAGUCGGUGAUACUUCAGAGGAUCUCCAAGAGAACACAUACGGAUCAGCUUGGGAAAAAGGCGGGAUUGUAUUGGAAGCUGAGGCUGGAGAUGUCUUUGUUAUCCCAGCUGGUGUAGCGCACAAGACACACAACACCAAGCCGGCAGCCGAGUUCAAGCUCCUGUCGCCAGGUGUUGGGCAUGGCAUUGAGGCUGACGAUCCGAAGAGGGCGUUGUCUGAGAUUGAGCUGGAUGGAUAUACUAUGAUGGGGGCGUACAACGGUGGUGAAUGGGAUUUCGUGAAGAGUGGAGGGGACUAUGGCAGGUCAUGGAAGGUUCCUAAACCAAAGAGGGAUCCUGUAUUUGGGGAAGCAGAGGAUGGGCUUGUCAAGACUUGGCCUGGAGGGGAUACUGAGGUGGAUUUGGAGAUUGUUCAGGUGGAGAACAGAGAGUACAAGUCAAAGAUGUAGGUCGUAUUUCGUCCAAUGAUGGAAUGAGAUUCAUCAUAAGGCAUCAUUAGUCUCACA